AUCUUAGACAAUGCCCCCUAAAAUUAGCGGCAAAGCAGCGAAAAAAGCUGGCAAAGCCCAAAAGAACAUUGCCAAAGGAGACAAAAAGAAAAAGCGCAAGAGGAAGGAGAGCUACGCCAUCUACAUCUACAAGGUGUUGAAGCAGGUCCACCCCGACACCGGCAUCUCCUCCAAAGCCAUGACGAUCAUGAACAGCUUCGUCAACGACAUUUUCGAGCGCAUCGCCGGAGAAUCUUCCCGUUUGGCCCACUACAACAAGCGGUCGACCAUCACAUCCCGGGAAAUCCAGACGGCCGUCCGUCUGCUUUUGCCCGGUGAGUUGGCCAAGCACGCCGUGUCUGAAGGCACAAAGGCCGUCACCAAGUACACCAGCACCAAGUAGAUUAUAUGGUCUCUUGGCUUCUCAAUCCAAACGGCCCU